CACAGGCUUUAAGGCUGAAGCAGGAGGCAGGAUGGACUGAAAGGAAAAGAGGCAGGUUAGAGGGGAAAGGCUCGGGAAGGAAACAGCAGAAAAGAAACCGCUCGCUGUGUUUACAGCAAAGCAAGGGACGGUUGGAUUGAGGACACAGACAAGAAGACUAUGAAAGCCAAGAAUUGCAAAUAGAGCCGAGGAGGGGAGGAAAUGUCAAGAGGAACGUCCAUCCGGAGAAAGGAAGAGAAUGAAAGUUUUAUGCACCAGAACGGCUCGGUGUUUCUCCGGCUCAAAAUUCUCUCGCUGUCUUUAAGUCCGCUCGCGUUUGCAAGCCAUUGACAUCAAGAGGCAUGCUCAGUGGUGCCGGCAGCAUCUCCUCUUCCUUCUCUUCCUCUUCAUCUUCCUCCUCCUCUUCUUCCUCCUCCACGUUCUCCUCCUAUCAGAAAGAAGACAAACCUAGGACAGUCUUGAAAUAUCGAAAUUUCCUCCUUGGGAUUUGCCAGCGCCGCGUUGCGCCAAGACUGUCGGAAUAAAGGAGGCUGACUAUUGCAUUCUCGUUAUUUUAUUAAUUGGUCAGUGGGAAGACUACAUCUGAGCAGAGGGGACAUCUGUCACCCUUCCUGCGUUAAGACUGAAAAAUGAGGCUGGAUUUGGAGAAGCUCUAAAAUGUAGGGAAAGGAAUAACAAUUUUAAGACAGCCACAAAAGCCCCCCCCCUCGUAGCAUACUAUUUAAUUUAUAUAUUUGAGAUUAUUAUUUUUUGGUGGUUAGGGAGGUAAUCGGGUGGCUGGCUGGCUACGGGGGAGCGGCUUCCUUUCCUUUUGGAGAUGAUUGUGCUGUUAUUCUUUGCCUUGCUCUGGAUGGUGGACGGAGUCUUUUCCCAGCUUCAUUACACAGUGCAGGAGGAGCAGGAACAUGGCACUUUCGUGGGGAAUAUCGCCGAAGAUCUGGGCUUGGACAUUACAAAACUUUCAGCUCGCAGGUUUCAGACUGUGGCCAACUCACGGACCCCUUACUUGGACCUCAAUCUGGAGACCGGGGUUCUGUACGUAAACGAAAAGAUCGACCGCGAGCAGAUCUGCAAGCAGAGUCCCUCUUGUGUCCUGCACCUGGAGGUCUUCCUGGAGAAUCCGCUGGAGCUGUUCCGAGUGGAGAUCGAAGUGCUGGACAUCAAUGACAACCCUCCCUCCUUCCCGGAGCCGGACCUGACAGUGGAGAUCUCGGAGAGCGCCACGCCAGGCACCCGCUUUCCCUUGGAGAGCGCCUUCGACCCAGACGUGGGGACCAACUCAUUGAGAGACUAUGAGAUAACCCCGAAUAGUUACUUCUCGCUAGACGUGCAGACCCAGGGAGAUGGCAACCGAUUCGCCGAGCUGGUGCUGGAGAAGCCACUGGACCGAGAACAGCAAGCGGUGCACCGCUACGUGCUGACCGCGGUGGACGGGGGAGGAGGGGGAGGAGGAGGGGAAGGAGGGGGAGGCGGUGGGGGAGUUGGCCUGCCCCCCCAACAGCAGCGCACUGGCACGGCCUUGCUCACCAUCCGAGUGCUCGACUCCAACGACAAUGUGCCCGCGUUCGACCAACCCGUCUACACUGUUUCCCUACCAGAGAAUUCACCCCCUGGCACCCUAGUGAUCCAACUCAACGCCACCGACCCGGAUGAAGGCCAGAAUGGCGAGGUCGUGUACUCAUUCAGCAGUCACAUUUCUCCCAGGGCUCGAGAGCUCUUCGGACUGUCGCCUCGCACCGGCCGGCUAGAGGUGAGCGGAGAGCUGGACUAUGAAGAGAGCCCAGUGUACCAGGUGUAUGUCCAAGCCAAGGACUUGGGUCCCAACGCUGUGCCUGCACACUGCAAGGUGCUGGUCAGAGUGCUGGAUGCCAACGACAACGCACCAGAGAUCAGCUUCAGCACGGUGAAAGAGGCGGUGAGCGAGGGUGCGGCCCCUGGCACGGUGGUGGCUCUAUUCAGCGUGACCGAUCGGGACUCAGAGGAAAACGGGCAGGUGCAGUGCGAGCUGCUGGGAGACGUGCCGUUCCGCCUCAAGUCUUCCUUCAAGAAUUACUACACUAUCGUCACCGAAGCCCCAUUGGACCGAGAGGCUGGGGACUCCUACACCCUGACAGUCGUGGCCCGCGACCGGGGCGAACCAGCACUCUCCACCAGUAAGUCGAUACAGGUUCAAGUGUCGGAUGUGAACGAUAACGCGCCGCGCUUCAGCCAGCCGGUCUACGACGUGUAUGUGACAGAAAACAACGUGCCGGGUGCCUACAUUUACGCGGUGAGCGCCACGGACCGCGACGAAGGGGCUAAUGCCAAAUUAACCUAUUCUAUCCUCGAGUGCCAGAUCCAGGGCAUGAGCGUCUUCACCUACGUGUCCAUCAACUCGGACAACGGCUACUUAUACGCCCUGAGAUCCUUCGACUAUGAGCAGAUCAAGGACUUCAGCUUUCAAGUGGAAGCCCGGGACGCGGGCAGCCCCCAGGCGCUGGCAGGCAACGCCACAGUCAACAUCCUGAUUGUAGAUCAGAACGACAACGCCCCCGCCAUCGUGGCACCCCUCCCGGGGCGCAACGGGACUCCAGCCCGCGAGGUGCUGCCCCGCUCUGCAGAGCCGGGUUACCUGCUUACUCGCGUAGCCGCAGUGGACGCGGACGACGGCGAGAACGCUAGGCUCACCUACAGCAUCGUGCGGGGCAAUGAAAUGAACCUAUUCCGCCUGGACUGGCGCACCGGAGAGCUCCGCACUGCGCGCAGGGUCCCAGCCAAGCGCGACCCCCAGCGGCCUUACGAGCUGGUGAUUGAGGUGCGCGACCAUGGGCAACCACCCCUGUCCUCCACAGCCACCCUGGUUGUUCAGCUGGUAGAUGGAGCCGUGGAGCCCCAGGGCGGGGGAGGGGGCGGAGGCGGAGGGCCCGGGGAACACCAGCGCACCAGCCGCUCUGGCGGCGGGGAAACUUCACUGGACCUCACACUGAUCCUCAUCAUAGCCCUGGGCUCAGUGUCCUUCAUUUUCCUGCUGGCCAUGAUCGUGUUGGCCGUGCGCUGUCAAAAGGAGAAAAAACUCAACAUCUACACCUGUCUAGCGAGUGAUUGCUGCCUCUGCUGCUGCUGCUGUGGCAGUGGGGGUUCCACCUGCUGCGGCCGCCAAGCCAGGGCGCGCAAGAAGAAACUCAGCAAGUCAGAUAUCAUGUUGGUGCAGAGCGCCAAUGUCCCCAGCAACCCGGCCCAGGUGCCGGUGGAGGAGUCCGGGAGCUUCGGUUCCCAUCACCACAACCAGAACUAUUGCUAUCAGGUCUGCCUCACCCCGGAGUCCGCCAAGACCGACUUGAUGUUCCUGAAGCCCUGCAGCCCUUCCCGGAGUACAGAUGCUGAGCACAACCCCUGUGGAGCCAUCGUCACUGGGUACAGCGACCAACAACCAGACAUCAUUUCCAACGGAAGCAUUUUGUCCAACGAGAACAAACACCAGCGAGCAGAGCUCAGCUAUCUAGUUGACAGACCUCGCCGAGUUAACAGUUCUGCAUUCCAGGAAGCUGACAUUGUAAGCUCUAAAGACAGUGGCCAUGGAGACAGUGAACAGGGAGACAGUGAUCAUGACGUCACCAAUCGUGGCCAGUCAGCUGGUAUGGAUCUCUUCUCUAACUGCACUGAGGAAUGUAAAGCGCUGGGCCACUCCGACCGAUGCUGGAUGCCUUCAUUUGUCCCUUCGGAUGGACGUCAGGCUGCAGAUUACCGCAGCAAUCUGCAUGUCCCCGGCAUGGACUCAGUUCCAGACACCGAGGUCUUUGAACCUCCCGAAGCCCAGCCUGGAGCAGAGCGGUCCUUCUCCACCUUCGGCAAAGAGAAGGCCCUGCAUGGCACCCUGGAGAGGAAGGAGCUGGACGGAUUGCUGUCUAGUUCACGAGCGCCUUACAAACCACCAUAUUUGACACGGAAAAGGAUAUGCUAGUCAAUUCUGCCGCUUUACCCGAAGCAGUAUGAUUUGCACAGAGUCGACCAACAAAAGCAUCAACUUUUCAACUUCAUUAUCUUGGCCAUCCCGUUAGUUGUGUGUAGCUGAGUGUUAGCUUUCCAGCGGAGUCACCGUGGCCACGUGUAGGACCUAAUUGCUCUCAGCAGGCCUGAGAAAUGAGUUGAAAUGUGCAGACUGUAGAAACUCCAUAGGCAACCGGCGUUGCCUCUCCGAUCAGUGUGUGCCUGUUUACAGCACUAUCUAUCCUUCUCUCUCCAAAUGUCACUGAGCCCUUUAGAUGUUUAUAUUCACCAUGAGAAGCCAGUCAUCAAGAUAAAGAGAUUCGUGCAUUACAAAUGCAAUAUCACUGUUUUAAACUUGACUGUUUUAUAUUAUUUUUGUGUGACCACGUGUUCCCCCAAACUCUCCCAACUUUACAAGAGAGAUGUGACUAUGUUCUUUUCAUCUGUGGGGUAUUAAAAAAUGUUGUAUUCUAAAGACCCACAAAAUAUCAAAGACAUUCUGUAGUUUAUACACCGUGUUGCAAAGUGUUUACUGUACUAUUUCAAAGCUUCUAAAUAAAUAUAAAAUAUAUAUUAUAUUAUAUAAUUUUCCUAAGAUGUGGUACAAAUUAGUUGGUUUUUAAAUGAGUUCAUACAGCCCUCACCAUAAAAUAAAAUAAAAGGUAAUUCAGGGUCCCUAAGAUUAGCUGUGAGAAAAAAAAAUAUCAAUAGUUUGUCCUAAUUUUCAUACCUUACUCAGCCCUGCAUUUUUCUUUCUUUAAAAGAAAGUGAAGUUUUCAGUUGCAAAAUUUUGUCAAGAACUCAUUGUGACUUUUCAAUGCCAAAGAUGUAGCUGUUAACACUGUCAGGCGGAGCACAGAAGAUGUAGUUUCCAAACAUCACGCAGUCUACAUGAUUCCGAUUCUAUUUCCAUGGCUUUGGAUUUAGCAUAAUUUAAGGCUUUUAUAAACAAACUAUAAAUUCUCUUGUAUUUGUUGUUAGGAAAAAUCUGGGUGUCUGUACAUUUUGUGGUGUAAAAUAUGUAACUGAAGAUUACUAUUUUAAGACGUUCUCAUCAUAUAAUUCACAUAGAAUUUUAUUUUACAUAGUUUUACAUAGUUUUGUGACUCUUAAGUAAACAUGAAUAAAAAUCUAUAACUCUAUAUAUGGAUAUAUAGAGGUAUAUAAAUAUAAAUAUCAGAGCUGGUACGUCUUAACAAUAAAAUAUAAAAAAAACUCUCUAAAUUUAAAAAAGUUAAAUAAAUUUGGAGAUAGAAACAUGACACAUUGCUGUUUCAAUAUUAUGUGUGACAAUUUAAAGCUUAAAUGUAGUCAGUGUUUUAUUAACGAGAGUAUUCUUCGUUGGUCAGCCUUGAAAAAUUAAUUUUGCUUUUUACCUUCAUGUCAACAAGGUUAAUUAUUAAAUUCAGAAAGAUGUAUUUUCCUUUAGUUCACAUAUUUUUUUUUCUGCUGUUGUCUGUUGUUUAUUGAAACAGGGGAGGGAGAAGAAUCAGAAUGUGAGAGACUCGUCUAAGUAAAUCAUGGAAGGUAUUUAAGUACCCUCUAAAAAAAUGCGAGAAGGAUAUCAAGAUAUUUCCUCAGCCCAAAUUAUAGGCACAUUUCAAAAUGUUAAGUUUUGUUUCCAUCCAGUUCUAUACUAUACUCACUGGUAAUUUGAGUUGCACAAUGAUUAAGGGAUAGACUAAAAUCAAUUAACAAAUGAGUUUCAUCUAAUUUUAUAUGAUUUAAAAUUAAUUUUUAAUUAAGGUUUAUCAUUAAAAUACAUUCAUGCAGUCAUCGGCCCUUCAGAUAUUUGUUUAGAGUGACAUCCAGUAUCAUUCUUUUGAUGAUGUCAAAACACAUAAUAAUUUGUAAUAAUGCCAAUUAGCUCAUAGCAACAUAAUGUAAACAUAUUCCUCUCUCUGGGGACCAUUUAAAAAGGAAACCAGUUGUUCAUGUGUGAUACAAAAGCAGACACACUCACUGGGUGCAGUAGCAGUCUUUACUCAAAAGCAAGGCCUGCAACAUGAUAGACUAUAUCAGUAAGAAAAUGUUAUAUAUAAUUGAACCGAGGGAAAGGUUAGUUUUUCUAAUUGCUUUUAAAUCAAGAAAAUCGCUUUCUUGAUGAAUCACUUAGCAUUAAUUAAAACCAUUUUUGCUUCAAUUUGCAAUCAUGGGUUAAGAUCCACAUACAUCAUUUUAUGCUCACUUCACAUAUAAUGGUUGUACUAAUUCAUUUGAAUUAAAAUGUUUUUGAAUCUCUUUUAUAUCAUAUUCAAUAUUUCUCGAACCUCCUUUUCUGACCUGUAGUCAUUGUUAGUUAUUUUUAUAUAUUAGAACAACUCUCUAGAGUAACAUGCAUUGUACACAAAUUGUGUCAUCAUUCUACCAAAACAUACAUAAUUUGAUGAACCAAAUUAUUUAAACAUGCAAUAUUAAAUGCUAGUAUCAUUUAUCUAUCAUUACAUGCAGGAUAAAUCAGAAGCUACAAUGGGACAUAAUAUCAGAGAGUUGUCCAAAAUAUUAUGUUUCAAUGACAGAGUAUUUAAAAAGAACAGUGAAACAAGAAAGUAAUGAAAUCCUAGAAGAAGCUCCGAACCCACCAAGGAGAGUUAGCCUAGCUUUUCCAUUUAAUCUGAUCAUUUUAACAUUGACUCUGCCAUUAUUGUGCUCAUGUUCAAGGGAAACAAUAUUAUUAGACAGUGUUCCAUCCAUAAGACACUUCCAAUUACAAAAUGGACCUUACUCUUUAGUCUCCUUAGUUUAGAGCAGUAAAACAAUAAUUUUCCUGUGGAAAGAGUGUCGUAUGGUUUCAAUGGUAUGUCAAAUGACAAUUUUUAGGAAUAUUUCAUCCACAUGUAAGAUCAUAAUUUUAAUCUGUGAGCAUAAUAUUGUAAAAUCACCUCAACUCAAGUAUAUAAAUAUUGCAUCAUAAUUAAUUCAAAGAUAUAGCAAUGUUAGUUAAAUACAUGUGUCAUUCUUUUUAGGUAAUAUAUAUUUCAUUUUAGGAAAACAUGAAAUGCAAUGCCUUUAUCGAAUAUUGUGUGUUAGAAAUUAUGUAGGAGCUAUAAAUAUUUUCAUUAUCCAUUCUCUUUUGUUUCUUAGUUUUGCUAUAACUUGUCCUCAGAUGCUUUGAAAUAUUGAAGUUCAUUUACUUUUCCAUGGGGGAAGAAACAUAUCCCCUAGAGUUUUUGACACAAUCUGUCACAAGUAGGCACUGAUAUGACUGUAGAAUCUUGUGAAGUUGUGUAUGGCGUUCAGUUAAUCAAACUGAAUGUAAUGAAUAUUUGCCAAGAUAAAAAGGUCUUUAUGGUAUUGAAAGAUACUGACAUUGUUUCUGUCAUUGUGUUUAGUUUUUCCCUCAUAUAUCUAUGUGUGGCAUAAAUACCCAUAGAACUCCCAAUACUUUAAUAUUGGUAUACUCGAUUAAUUGCUGGAAUCAUUUAUUUUUUCAUACUGUAUCUUUCUGUGUCCUUAAUUUUUUUUCCAGUCUAAUUUUGUAGUGGUAAAGGCUUUGCAUUAGCAUCCUUUUUAUGUUCCCUUUUUAAACAAGGAAAACCAGGAAAUUGCUAAAUUCAAUAUUUUUUACAUCCUGAAGUAGUAAAGUUAUUUUGUAUAUUGUUAGUACUUCAAGAAAUAGCCCUCUGAGAAGUCAGACAAAACCCUUAUACAGUAAUCUGUGAAACUGUUCAGUAGAAAAAUUUUUCUGCUAACACUUGGCUUAGGUUUUAGAUUUUAGCAUUCUGUCAGAAUGCUGGUAGCUGUGUGCCGCCAGAGUAUAGCAGGCAAUAAUAUGACUUUGAUUCUAAUACUUUCAGUGUGCAUGCAUGUAUUUCUAAUCACUGUUUUUUAAGUAUUUGUAAAAUUAGAAAAAAAAUUAUUUCUUGAACGCUCGUCAGAUGCUUAGUUUGAAGUUUUUCUUUCCAGAUGUUUUUGAGGGGUGUGAAAAUGCUGCAUUCUGAAUGCAGAAAACAUUACAUUUUCACAUGCAACUUAAAAAUUUAUGGAGUACAGAACUCGCACUUCCUAAACAUCCGCACGUCCUUGAGCUGAAUGGCAGGGAGCUUCAGCUCAGCGAACGAAUCCAAGACAAUUAUCUGUGAGUGAAUACAGGGUAUUAUAACAGAUGAGUUUCAGUCUUAACUGCAGUGUUGUUACUGUGAAUGCUAUAACCAUACAUAAGUAAAAUGCGUGUAAAUGUAAUAUAUUAUUUUAUACUGCUGUAUACAUCCAAAAUAAAUAAAACUAGGAUACAUAUCA